GUGCUGCUGUUCCUGUGAAAACAAGGGUUGUGAGGGAAUGAGAGGGAAGACAAUGACGAGAAACCGGCCAGGAGAAAACCCCAUCCCCAAGCCUUUUCCUGAGAACUGACGGUGUUUUGGGGCUGAGCGAUCCCGUCGGAGGCGGCGGAGGGAGCCUCCUGCCCGCUCCACGGGGGACUUCCCGGGACCGGCUAUUCCCUUCGGAUGCGGACUGGGAAACCUGUAGGAAAUUCUCCCGCCGCGCUGCGAAGCCACCAUGAAUUCAGUGGCUGGAAAUAAAGAGAGGAUCGCGGUCACGGCGCGGAGCAGAAAAUACGGGGUGACAGACCCCUGCUCCCCCACCAAGCCCGCCGCCCCCUUCUCCCCCGAGAGCUGGUACCGGAAGGCGUACGAGGAGUCCCGGGCGGGGAGUCGCCCGGCCCCGGAGGGAGCCGGCUCUGCCCUGGGCUCCUCCGGCACCCCGUCCCCCGGCUCCGGCACCUCCUCGCCGGGCUCCUUCACCGGCUCGCCGGGACCCGCCUCGCCCGGCAUCGGCACCAGCUCCCCCGGCUCACUGGGCGGCUCGCCCGGCUUCGGUACCGGCUCGCCAGGCUCCGGCAGCGGCGGCGGCUCCUCGCCGGGCUCCGACCGCGGCGUCUGGUGCGAGCACUGCAACGCCCGCCUGGCGGAGCUGAAGAGGCAGGCGCUGAAGCUCCUCAUCCCCGGGCCCGUCAGCAGCAAGGACCCAGGUUUCUCUUCAGUGAUUCAUGACAAACUCCAAGUUCCCAAUACUAUUCGUAAGGCAUGGAACGAGAAGGACAACAGAUGUGAUGUUUGUGCCACGCACCUGAACCAGUUGAAGCAAGAGGCCAUUCAGAUGGUGCUGACCUUAGAGCAGGCUGCCAACUCAGAACAUUAUGAUGCCUCACCAGGCUCUCCGCCACCUCUCUCCAGUGUCCCCACGUUAGUGAGUCCCCGGCACAUGGGCAGCCUGCAGCCCAGGGACUGGGCAUACAUGCCUGCUCCUUAUGCUACAUCUAAUUAUACAGGCUUUGUUGCCAACAAACACAGUGGAAAACCCAACAGUCUAGGAAUUGUCAAUGGGGUGGAGAAGAAAAAUGGCUCUCCUGGACACCAAGCCAAAGUCAGCUUUCAAAUGGCCACCAGCCCCAGCAACGGUAAUGUUCUCAACUCUGUGGCUAUCCAGGCUCAUCAGUACCUUGACGGCACCUGGUCUUUGUCAAGAACGAAUGGCGUCACCCUAUACCCCUACCAAAUAUCUCAGCUUAUGACGGAGACUAGUCGAGAGAGCCUGACUGAAGCAGCAUUGAACCGCUACAAUGCAGAUAAACCCUCCUUGUACAGCUUCCCUGCUUCCCAGAGCACAUAUGUUGCCAGCGAAGCAUCCACAGGCACCUCAGUGGCGGCAUCAUUUUUUGCCAGAGCCGCUCAGAAAUUGAACCUGUCUUCCAAAAAGAAGAAGCACAGGCCUUCUGCAUCAUCUGUUCCUGAAUCUCCUCUCUUCUCUACCAGCUUCAGCAGUAUCCUUCAGACUUCCCCACCCCCUGCACCACCAUGUUUGUUGAGGGCAGUCAGCAAAGUGAAAGACACCCCUGGUUUGGGCAAGGUCAAAGUCAUGGUGCGCAUUUCUUCCAUGCUUGCCAGAGACACGUCUGAGUCCAGCUCUUUCUUAAAAGUUGAUCCUCGUAAAAAGCAAAUCACGCUGUAUGACCCAUUGACCUGUGGAGGUCAGAAUGCUUUCCAGAAAAGAGGCAACCAGGUUCCACCCAAGAUGUUUGCUUUUGAUGCAGUUUUCCCUCAAGAUGCAUCACAGGCUGAAGUGUGUGCUGGGACUGUGGCUGAGGUGAUCCAGUCUGUGGUCAAUGGGGCAGAUGGCUGCGUGUUCUGCUUUGGCCAUGCCAAGCUUGGGAAGUCAUACACCAUGAUUGGGAAGGAUGAUUCCAUGCAAAACCUCGGCAUAAUCCCUUGUGCCAUCUCCUGGCUCUUCAAGUUGAUUAACGAACGCAAAGAGAAGACAGGAGCCCGCUUCUCAGUCCGAAUAUCUGCAGUGGAAGUGUGGGGGAAAGAAGAAAAUCUGAGAGACCUGUUGUCAGAAGUGGCUACAGGCAGCCUGCAAGAUGGCCAGUCCCCAGGUGUCUACCUUUGUGAAGACCCCAUUUAUGGCAUGCAGCUUCAGAAUCAGAGUGAGCUCCGUGCCCCUACAGCAGAGAAGGCUGCCUUCUUCCUCGAUGCUGCCAUUGCCUCACGUCGCAGCAGCCAGCGGGACUGCGAUGAGGAGGAUCACCGCAACUCCCACAUGCUCUUCACCCUUCACAUCUACCAGUACCGCAUGGAGAAGAGUGGCAAAGGCGGAAUGUCUGGAGGUCGCAGCCGCUUGCACCUUAUUGACCUGGGUAGCUGUGUGAAAGCGCUCAGCAAAACCCGGGAGGGAAGCUCUGGCCUCUGUCUCUCAUUGUCAGCACUGGGCAAUGUCAUCCUCGCCCUUGUCAAUGGAAGCAAACACAUCCCAUACAAAGACAGCAAGCUCACCAUGUUGCUUCGGGAGUCCUUGGGGAAUAUGAACUGCCGCACCACAAUGAUAGCUCACAUUUCAGCCGCUGCGGGGAACUACGCUGAGACACUGUCCACCAUCCAGAUUGCAUCAAGGGUCCUCAGGAUGAAGAAAAAGAAAACUAAGUACACAUCGAGUUCUUCUGGAGGAGAGAGCUCUUGUGAGGAGGGCAGGAUGCGGAGGCCAACCCAGCUGAGGCCUUUCCAUUCUAAAAACACUGUUGACCCAGACUUCCCUCUUUUGCAUUUAUCAAGUGAUCCUGAUUAUUCGUCCAGCAGUGAGCAGUCAUGUGACACAGUGAUUUACGUUGGCCCCAAUGGCACUGCCCUUUCUGAUAAGGAACUGACAGACAAUGAGGGUCCCCCUGAAUUUGUUCCCAUAGUUCCUGCUCUGCAAAAGACCAAAAAUGAGGGCAGGUUGGAAGAAGUUAGUGAAUCAGGGCCCAGCACAUCUGAAAGAGACUGCCUGAAGUGCAACACCUUUGCAGAGCUCCAGGAGAGGCUGGAUUGCAUAGAUGGCAGUGAAGAAACCGACAAAUUUCCCUUUGAAGAGGUGCCUGCUCAAUUUAGUUCAGACCAGAUGUCUAAGUGCUCUGUCUCAAGCCAGCUGGCAGAGCUUAGCCACUUACCAGAGUCAGAUAAGGAAGAUAUGAUGCCAGAAUGUCAGCAUCCUGAUAGAGAAGCCAAGGAAAAUAUGAAUGCAACACCCAGCAAAACUAAGAGAAAUCACUCCCCUGUUCCUUCUGGAGCUCUCACUAAUGUUUCAACUCCUUCUUCUCCCAGAAGUGUAACAGGCAGUUCUAGUAAAGAGCUUAGCUCUUGUCAGUUAGCACACAGCACCAGCUUGCAGAGCAGCAGAGAAGGUCUCAACACCUGUGGAUUUGUGGAAGGCAAACCUCGGCCAAUGGGUUCGCCCCGGCUUGGCAUUGCGAGCCUCUCAAAGACAUCUGAGUACAAGCCACCAACUUCUCCUUCCCAGAGGUGCAAGGUCUAUACACAGAAAGGAGUCCUGCCCACUUCCACUCCCCCACCAGCUCUUCUAAGUAAGGAUACUGGGAUGACAUCUAAUGAACCUUUAUUGCAGCCAGAAAUCCGGACCCCACCUGUAGGCAUGAGCCCUCAGAUCAUGAAGAAGUUGGUGUCCCCCAGCAAUGGGGAUUUUGAAGAGACCAUUCUCAAUGAAGAUCAGCAACAAAGCAUUUCUCCAGAAUCCAAGAAGGAGAUUCUGAGCACCACCAUGGUGACUGUGCAGCAGCCAUUAGAGCUGAAUGGAGAGGACGAGCUGGUGUUCACCCUUGUAGAAGAGCUAACCAUUAGCGGGGUCCUUGACAAUGGACGCCCAACCAGUAUCAUCAGUUUUAACAGUGACUGCUCUGUGCAGGCUUUGGCCUCUGGGUCUAGGCCAGUCAGUAUUAUCAGCAGCAUAUCUGAAGAUCUUGAAUGUUACUCCAGUGCAGCUCCUCUUUCUGAAGUCAGCAUCACACAGUUCCUUCCACUUCCAAAGUUGGGCCUGGAUGACAAAUCCCAGGAUGAUGGCAGCAGGCGCUCUUCCAUCAGCUCAUGGUUGAGUGAAAUGAGCACAGGGAGUGACGGUGAACAGUCGUGCCACAGCUUCAUAGCCCAGGCAUGCUAUGGGCAUGGGGAAGCAAUGGCAGAACCCCCUGUCUCUGAGUUUGCGAGCACCAUACAAAGUGCCAGCAUGAUUUGUGUAAGUGACAAACAGAAGCCAGUGACGGAUAACAUGCUUAUACUGUCAGAAAUGGGGGAGGAAGCUUUCAGCAAAGUGCCACCCAUCAAAGGCUGUAAAAUAUCAGCUCUAGGGAAAACUACUGUCACAAUCAAAAACACUGCAAGCCUCAGCAGUUGUGAAGGCUACAUCCCAAUGAAGACAAACAUUACCGUGUACCCAUGUAUUGCCGUUAAUCCCUUCAAAGCACAAGAUACUGAUGAUGUACCAGCAGUAACUGCAGACCGAAAGGUUGCUUAUCCCCAUGAUGGGAAAGAAUCCAGUGAUAAGAAGGAUAUAAAAUUUGGAGACCCUUGGCUGAAGAGAGAAGAAGAUGUAAAAAAGGACUGCUCUGGGAGCAGUGAUGGGCCAAGGCCUGACACAGCCACAGUUUCAGCUAAGCCUGAGCACAGCACAAAGCAGUCCUCAGCAGACAGGUUUAGCAGCAGCAGCAGUGGGGACACCUCUAUCUCCCCAGGAUCUGACAGUCCAAAAAGAAUUGUGGAUGGGUGUGAGGUGGUAACAUCCAGCUCUGCAACCCAAAGCCCUGUUCAUUCCAGUGAUGGCUUGAAGAAUGGUAGCCUCCCUCGAGGGCUCCCGAAGGCAAGCAAGCCAGAGGACCCUGACAACCACCUCCACCUUCCUGCCACUGACACCAGUGGAGUCAUCUCUCCUGCCCUCCCCCAGUUUUCUAAGGCUAGCCUUGACAAGAAAAUGGCCUCUCCCAAACACUGUGUCCUCACUCGUCCCAAAGGGACCCCUCCUCUGCCACCAGUGAGAAAGUCAAGCUUGGAUCAGAAGAACAGAGCCAGCCCCCAGCACAGCGCAGCCAGCAGCACCACAAGCAGUCCCUCCAGCCAGCCUGGGUCCUUCCUGGCCAGCUUCCCCGAGGAGCUGAAUGCCAAACAGAAGGGCCCUGGCAUUGACAGCAGUGGCAAUAAUAGCAGCAGCAAGCUCUUCAGUGCCAAACUGGAGCAGCUCGCCAGCAGAACCAACUCCCUCGGGAGGUCCACAGGCAGCCACUAUGAGUGUUUGUCACUGGAAAGAGCGGAAAGCCUGUCCUCUGUGAGCUCCAAAAUGAGCCCUGGAAGAGAUACCACCAUGCCUAGGGCCGGAAGGAGCCUCAGCCGCAGUGUCAUGUCCUCGCCCACCAACUCGGGCCUCUCCCAAUCCGCAGGUGCUUCCCCAAAAGCCAGCCAGUCGAAGAUCUCUGCAGUCAGCAAGCUCCUGCUGGCGAGUCCCAAGGCCCGCAGCCUGUCUGCCUCUGCCACCAAAACGCUCAGCUUCUCGACCAAGUCUCUGCCUCAGUCCGUAGGGCAGAGCUCCAGUUUGCCUCCGAGUGGGAAGAACAUGUCCUGGUCAACACAGUCCCUCAGCAGAAAUCGUGGCUCCAGCCUUGCUUCCAAAUUGCCCCUGCGGGCUGUCAACGGGAGGAUUUCGGAGCUGCUCCAAGGCAGUGCCAGUGCCAGAGGCUUACAGCCACGGGGCAGCUCAGAGGCAGACGAGCAUGGGGGGCUUCCUGGAGAUGAGAAGCCAGCAGUUCACAUGCUGCCUUCACCUUACAGCAAGAUCACCCCUCCUCGGAAACCUCAUCGCUGCAGCAGUGGUCACGGGAGUGACAACAGCAGUGUCCUGAGCGGGGAGCUGCCCCCUGCCAUGGGGAAAACAGCCCUCUUCUACCACAGCGGGGGGAGCAGUGGCUACGAGAGCAUGAUGAGGGACAGCGAGGCAACAGGGAGUGCCUCUUCAGCACAAGAUUCCAUGAGUGAGAACAGCAGCUCUGUGAGCGGCAGGUGCCGAAGUCUCAAAAAUCCAAAGAAACGAUCAAAUGCAGGUUCACAGAGACGGAGACUUAUUCCAGCUUUAUCGCUUGAUACUGCUUCCCCAGCAAGGAAGCCUGCCAACAGCCCCGGGGUCCGCUGGGUGGAUGGGCCCCUGCGAAGUGGGCAGAGGGGGCUGGGGGAGCCCUUUGAGAUCAAAGUCUAUGAGAUAGAUGAUGUGGAGAGGCUGCAGCGGCGGCGAGGUGGGGACAGCAAGGAAGUGAUCUGUUUCAAUGCCAAGCUGAAAAUCCUGGAGCAUCGCCAGCAGAGAAUUGCCGAGGUGAAGGCCAAGUACGAAUGGUUAAUGAGAGAACUGGAGGUGACCAAACAGUACCUGAUGCUGGAUCCUAAUAAAUGGAUCAGUGAAUUUGACCUGGAGCAGGUAUUUGAGCUGGAUUCUCUUGAGUACCUGGAGGCCCUGGAAUGUGUGACUGAGCGUUUGGAAAACCGUGUCAACUUCUGCAAGGCCCAUCUCAUGAUGAUCACCUGUUUUGACAUCACCUCUAGACGCCGAUAAAGAAUGAACCUCAAGAGAAUUUCAAUGUGCAUUUCUGCCAUCCUCCUUUUUCCCCUCUGAAGAGCAUCCCAAAGACAACAGAAUGAGGAUGAAGGUUGGAGUCAAGUCUCAACUGUGUGUAUGAAAGAUUUGCUUCACUAUACAGAAGAAUAGUAUUAAAAAAAAACAGGACGAGCAUGGAGAUAUAAGGUUGUUGAUUCUCUUAGCCUAAAAGAGCACUUUGAGGAACCUUUAAGGACAUGUCUGUAAAUAUGAACUGCUGGCAGAAGACACUUCUUUCCCUGCGUUAGCUGAGGGAGGAGGAAAGGUGGUUGUAGGACUUCCAUUGAGAGGUUCAUUAAAAGAAAACCUAUCCAGAAAAACUGUUUAAGUGCCUUGCAAAUCUUUAUUAUCCAAACAUUUAUGUUCAUACUUUAUUGUGUACAGAUGGUGCUAGUCAAGAAAAGAAAAAGAUAAAAAAACAAACACACGUUUGAAAUGUAUUUACAGCUUGUUUUUCUCUUGGUGUUUUCUCCUAUUUCAGACUUGCUGUUUCUAAGUAACUUGUGUUUGUAGAGAUAUUUCCUAAUCAGUACAACAUAUGAAUAAAUGUUAACUGUCUUUUCUUGUUACCAGAGUAAGGCCACUCAAAGAGGAAUUCAACUUUUCCAGAUGACACAAAAAAAUAUUCCUAGCAGUGAGUGAGGUUUGCUUAUGUUUUUCUGUACUAUCUUAUAUGCUGGAGGACACAGUAAUUUUCCCAGCCUGUAGGUUCUGCAAUGUAUGAGCAAGGAGAGAUGACAUUACCAUGAAGUAAAUAUCUUUUCCAUCUGAUCCAUUCCCCAUAAUUUUUUUUCUUUUUCAUGUAUUUUUAGCUUUGUACUGGUUAGAGUUAUGGGUGAGGAGGCAUUUUUAUCCUAACCCCUUUUUCUGGUGCUAACAACUCGCUGGAAAACUACUUUUUAGGCUGAGGGCUCCCAUGCUUAUCAGUCCAAAAAUGAGUGAUUUAGUCUGUCUUUCUUUCUUGAGACUAUGACUGAUAACAUUUAGCUUUACCUCUUUUUGACAUAUACCACUGCAAAACAUGUUUUGGCAGCUUUCGGUCUCUGACCCAGUCUGUCCAUAGCCACAGACAUACCUGAGAAGAGCAGGCUCUGUUCAGCUCAGCUAGUCUGGAAAAAAAUGGGAGUUGUGAGUUAGUUGAUAUAGCACUUCAGGCAUGUUGGCUAUGGCAUUUUCCUUGUCGACACCCCAAUAUUGAAGCCACGGCAAAAUGCACAUCGACAUCAAAAGGAUGAGGGUCUGCACCUCAAUGCACAUCCAAAUGUUCUACUUGUUUGCGUCUAUCUACAAAACAGUAUGUGAGAAGGAACAACCUUUGUGUUUCUUAAAGAAAUGUGUGAAAUCUGCAUUUUAAUUAUGUAUGAUCAUAAAGAAUUAUUUUGUUGAAUUAGGUUUCUUCUUCUUCUAUAUUAAAAUUAACCCAUUCACAAAAAUUCCUCUCUCACACACACUUGUGCUACCCUCCUGUUACUUAUGAGAAAAUAAGAGCAUCAUUUAACAUACACUCAAUACAUAUCAAUUUACUGUUGUACUUAAAUGCAACGUUUCUUUUACCUGCAGCAAAUCCCAAUGGGAAAAUAACCCUACAAAAAUGCUGAUAGUUUUUCUAGGGGUUACCUGGGGAAAAAAAAAAAAGCUUAAAAAAAAGAUAGAAAUAACAUUUAUAUAGUUUUAUUUUCUUUCAACAUUCUACAACUUGUAAUAACAAAUCUUAGUCAUUCUAUUAGCCUUGUCACUGGACUUUGUAGAAGAUUCUAUAGGAUUACUUGGAGGGGGAAAAAAGGUCCUAUAUGAAAGUUACUUUCUAGUCUAUUCCACAGCAUUUUUCCUAUCAUGAAACUCAUAUUCCCAGUAAAUAUUAAAGAUAUAGGUCUGUUGCGUCUCCCAUCUCUCUCAAGGAAGCAAAAAAACUGAAAAAAAAAACCCAAAGAAUGCAAUUACCCUAGCUUUAUUUCUCUUUGUAAUGAUUUCAGUAGUGCUUGUUUCGUAUUGGUUCUGUUGAGACCAUCUCUUCUCCACAGAGCCCCAUGAGUUCAGUUCAGCUACACAGAGCCAUAGCAAUUGCCCCUGCAUUUUGUGCUGGAUGAAGAUCUAGUGCCCCUGGGAUAUGGGGUGCAUCUUUCUUUACGGGCUUAGUCCUGCGGAGCCCCAGAUACAUGCUGACAGGUCACAUACACACAGCAGGGAGAUUUUUCACAGCCAUCUCCCAUUUCUCACUCUCCUGCCUCCCCAGGUAGACCUGUACUGCUGUCAUCUGUGAUGCUGUGCUGUGCUUGUCUCCCAGGCCAUGCCCCCAUACUUAACGGAGACCCUCCCUAGUUGUGCACAUGAAAUUAAGCAUUGCCUUCUUUAAGCUUAAGUCUUUCUGAAAACGUCUGUGUUUGCUGGAAGGUGGUUAUCAGGCUAACCGAGACACAAUGUCCUUCCUCUGUGGAAAACAAGCAGUCCAAAAUGGGCAUGCUGGGCUCCUUGGGGACCUGGGGUGAGAUGGUAAAUGGCAAGUGGUACAGUAAAAAUAAACUUACACUUGACAGAAAGAAAGGGAAAUCCUAGCAAAUGGUGCAUGUACAGAAUGCACUAUUGUCAAGAGAUACCCUCUCACAUAGUCUGGGACUUAUACAGAAGUGGUGAUGUUUCUAUAAAUCAAGUGGACACAUUUCAGAGCUAUUGUAAAAUAUCUAUUACAUGUAAUACUCCUCAGCAUCAUUAACGCAAUUAUUCAUUGUCUCUAGAUUUGCUACUUCUGUAGAUUAGGAAGCAUAGCAAAAAUCACAUCCUUCUAGCCAUUAUUUUAAAAAGUAAGAGCAUAUGUUUGCCCUGUUCAUCACGAUGAACCAAAAUUGAUUCCUGAAACCAAAUGGAUUAUACCAAGGAUGAAUCUGGCAUACUGAAAAUACAAACUGAGCAGAAUCACUGUCCUUACAAAUAUUUUAUUUCUGAGGACUUAAUCAAAGUGGCCAUUAACACUCCCAUCAUUCACUAGUAUUCAUAUCCUAAAAUCCAUACUCAUUGUCUCUUUUUUGACUUUCUGUCAGUGUGUUUCAGAAUUUGCCACUGUAUUUUUGGAAAAUGUGGUGGCUUAAUGUAUGAAAAGGAAUGAAGAGUUGUGGAGAUUUGACAUCUGUGAAAGAUUUUCUCAUUGAAAAUAGCUUUUUACAUCAGAAUUUAUAUUAUUAUACUUCAAAUAUCUGCAAAACAGAUAAUUGAAAGCAUCAGGACUUUAUUAUGAAAUUGAUCUUUGUGUACAUUAGCCAACACUUUACAGAAGACCCGUACAUUUCUGGAAGUCAUCCAGGUAGUCUCAUUCUUUAAGCAAUUGCCAGUGUAAUGCUGGCAAUGUUAUCCUGAUUUUUUUUAAAAGGCAUCAAGUUGCCCCAAAUACACAAGAGCAACAUGAAUGGACUGCUUAUUUGUUUGCAUAUUCAGAAAUCAACCUCAUUUCCCUGGGACAGCUUUAGUAGGAAACAGCAAUGUUAAUGAAAUUAGGUUUGAAGGUUAAUUCUUUGUUCGCAUGUGUAUCAGGAGGUCACAGUUGUUCACUGUCAGAAUAGCAGCCGCUGGUCUGCAUGCCCACCGCUGCGCUCAGGCACGGGCAGCUGGGGCGCUUUGGGCCGCGUUCUGAGAACUGCUCCUCCUGGCCUACGUCAACUUUAUUUGUGCAAGGGACAGAACUUGCUUUAUAGGCACAAAUUCAAGUGAAACCUUAGACUGGAGAGUUUGGCCGCAAUCUGGAUUCAGACAUCCUACUGUUCUGCAUGGGCUCUUGCAGCAGGUGAAAGCCAUGGGUCACACACACUUCGUAUCCUAGAGAGUAUAGGAGAGCCCUAAUUCCUUGUGCAUUUGUUUUAACAACGCAUAUCUUUCCUCCUACCAUGUAUGCCUUGUAUUUGCCUCAGAACGAUUUCUAAGCAGUCCGAAGUACUUUGUCACAGAAAGGCAAGGAAGCAAACCAGUACCCAGGCUCGCCUUUCUUAGUUCUUUACUGGCCCUGUUCUCGUCUCACCUAUGCUGGUGUAACUGAGGGACAAUUGCCUUAAGAGUCAGGAGGGUUAUAGCAGAAUUAAGCCAGUUGCAUUGAAAAGGAAAAUUCAUCCACCUGCCGUUUCUUCUGUUGCUAGUUCUAUGGUCGAAGAAUAUGCUCCUCUCACCUAUUUGAUACCCACUAAUUUUGCCUAGGGGCCAUGCACGGGGAUAUCACUGAACAUCUGCUGGCUUCGAUCCAGUCUGGGAAGACUCCCACUCCCAUAUAAUGUAACUUGUGAAACUUGCAGCUACAUAAAAUAGUAACUGGUAAAGAGCAAUGGCGUGAUUCUCUGACACAAAGCAAGCGAAGUAAGAGCUGCAGAAAAUGUACAGCAAAGGAUGAAAGGUACACACUGAUAUUUUUUUCUUUCAUCUCUGAACAAUGGCAAUUAUAGAGGCAGAGAGCUGGGAGUGAUGCUGGGAGUAAUGCAUAUCAAGUCCCAAGCUUGUGCACAGGACAGACUCACUCCAUCUUGAAAUGUUUGGGUUUUUUCCUUUGUGGUUUUUUUUUUUUUUUUUUUUCAUUUAUCUUGAUAAUAUGGUUUGUCUUAAAAUAGCAACUAUUACCUGUGGCAUGGAAAUCAAAUUUUAUGACAACUGAAGGAUGUAGACUCUUUUACAAACAUUGCCUUUAAUAAAUGUUUGUGAUUUUGUUGCAUCUUUUUUUUCUGAGCUAAAACUAACAAUAAAAAAUAAAGUGUAUAUAUAUGUACAGACAAAUAUAUAUGUACAUAGCCUGAGAGAGACAGUCACCUCACACAUUAUUGUGGGGAGGUGGCAUAGCUGUUCACAAAUGGCAACACCACCACUCCGCCUUCCUUUUCCAAGGAGAACCUAUAAAAACCUUUCUACUUGAGCUCACCAGGAUGCAGCUGACUUAUGCCGCACUAUAGGGAAAACUUAUGCUUGAAACACUUUUGAAGACUUCUUUUAAAGGUCCUUUCUUCCCCAUGUUCUUCAGCCUACAAAGCCAAGUUGCUGCAGUUCCCAUGUAGAGGCUGCCAUUGAAACAUUAAAGCCUGUAAAAGUAAUCCAGACAACCUACUUUAUAUUUCAGGGUAUCAUGAAUUUAAGGCAAGGUAUUUUACAAUCAAUCACAGCUGUUAAAUGCCACAAUUUCUGUGUAUGCAUGAGGCAUACAGCAUAAUUGCAUCGAUUGAAAGUCUGGGCUCUUAGCUGUCUAUGAGAUAAAGCUUUCUGUCUAGUCUUAAUAGCUUUAAACUUGUAACUUGAAGCUUCUGCAUUGCAGAAGCAAAUACGAUUCUCAUAAACCAGAGGCUGAGUGACUCUCUGAUGCCAGGUCAUGUGGGCAUGGGACGGUUGCACAGCAUCAGGGAUGCUGUGGAUCUCUGCAGAGAUCAAAGCGCUCAUAUCACUAAAUACUGAUAGGAGGCGAUGAUGACCAUCAGACAGGUGCUCUUUCACAAAUCCACUGGCGGGUGACAUACCUUGCUUAAUCCUGAUGUCCUCACGGUCUUUGUUUUGUUACUCCAUAGACUUCUGCAUUGGCGACACCCGGCAGUUUUUGGAGCCACAAGGCUGGCUGUUGCUGGCUAUUGUAAGAUUUGCAACAGGUUUCUAAAUAACUUGGCAAACAGAACAGUGAAUGAUUUGUCAAUGCAAAGUUAAUAAUCUCUAUCUCUUGCAUUUAUUGUGCACUCAUCCCAGGGUUAUCUGACCUUCCGUCCCUGCUUUUGGAAAUAAACCAUUUAAUUAUUGUCUUUAGCUUUUCUUCUUUCUCCUUCUCAAGGAAGCUUUCAAAAAAAAAAAAAAAAAGAAAAAAAGAAAAGAAAAUCCAGUUUCCUUUGUAACUGUAGCAACCUUAUCCUAACCCCACUGAAGUCAAUAUGGAUUUUGCCACCAGCUUCAUGGACAGCAGAUUUGUGCUCACUUAUGCAACAUGUUGAAGCUCACAGAGAGUGUGAUGAUUCUGCAAAGAAUGGAGGCGCUGAAAGUGAAAUAGUAACAUUAAUCUAUAAUAUUUCAAGCCACCUUCAAAAUCUUCCUGUACAGGAAAUAAAAUGCAUCCCAAACCAUCUGACUUUGAGUGGUCCUACUUAAGUAUUGAGCAAACUUUAUAAUAAUGGUAAUAAAAUGGUGCUUGAGGCAGUUUCAGCUAUAUUACAUAUUCUCUAUAUACUAUAGAUAUGGAUGUAUUCACCCUCUAUAUUGUAUAUGUAUGUGUGUGAGUAUUUACAUAUAGCACACAUACAUAUAUGCUUUAUGUAUGCAUAGAUACUAAUUUUUCUAAGUUUAACUUUUUUCCCUCCCAUAGCUGAAACUGCUGGUUACUAACAUCCACAUCAUAUUCUAUGUAUGAAGGAUAUAAUUUAUUUGUAAACUCAGGAUGUUCUUGUUUUAUAGAGUUGCUUGUAUUUUAUAAUUUAUUUACACAUCAUGAUUGGAAAUGCUUAUCUAAGUGCUAUGCAUUGAAGUGUAUGUUUGCUAAAUUCAUUUCACUCUGUCCGUGGCUAUGUUCUUUCUCAUUAUAACAGUGGCAUAAAAUAGGGCUAAGGAGGAGACAAACUGAUGGACACAGAACUUAUGCUGGUCCCACCAGUGGGUAAUUCCAGAAUAGGAUGUAUCAGUAGUAGAUAUAUAUAUUUUAUCAACUAAAUUUUAUGGGGGGGGAAAAGGAAUAAAAAGAAAGAAGAGCAUGAGGACAAGUUCAAAAUGUAGAAAGUCACAGCCAUUUCCAAGUUGGUCAACAAAUGCAUUGAGCCUUUUGCCAUUAAAAUUGUAAAGUUUAUUGUUUGCUGGCUAAAAAAUAUCCCUUUUGUGGUAUCUGAGGUGUGAAACAUUGUCAAAAAUAUGAUGUCUGGAAAAAAAAAUCAAACUAUAGUGGCAUUAAAUGUUUACUUUUAUCUUACCAAUA